CUUUCCACCCUCCCCCCUUAAACCCUAACAACAGAAGCAGCUUCUUUUAGUUUUAGUUGUAGUCGUAGUUGUGUCUGUAGUCGCCGGCGCCUCUCCUAACGACCUCUCCUUCUCUGCUCUGCCGUCAAAUAUCCGGGAAGAAGAGAGAAAAAUGGCGGGGAAGAAGAGAGCAAACGAAAGGAUGGUUAAUCCACAGAAGUUCCUCGCCGAACAACCCACCGCCGUUUCUAAGAAACGCUCUAAACCUUCCAAACGCCACCAGGAAGGAGAAGAGAUGAUUUCCAACAAUAUGAGCGAUAAAAUCCUCAAGGAAGCAUUUAAACAGCAAAAAGAAAUAGUAGAUGAGGAAAAUGACGAGAAAACUCCGGGCAUCGCCAUGUUUUCUGCUGUUGAUGUUCCGGUUGAUGAGGAUGAGGAAGAAGACAUUGAUGACCAUGCUGGUUUCCUUGAAACCCGAAACCAGAUUGAGGACUUUGAGGAUCAAAUUAAUGAAGAGGAUGAGAAAUUGUUGGAGGCUUUUUUGUCGAAAGAUGCUGGUCCACAGUGUACACUUGGAGAUGUUAUUGCUGCUCGUAUUAAAGACCAAGAUGCUAAUGUGUCCUCUGAUAGCAGACCGGUUCCCAAAUUAGAUAGCCAUCUCAUAGAGACAUACAAAGGGGUGGGGAAGUUCUUAAGCACUUAUACUUCAGGGAAGAUACCAAAAGCAGUUAAACUUAUUCCUAAUACUUCGUGUUGGGAGGAAUUGCUAUACCUAACUGAACCUGAAAAAUGGUCGCCCGGCGCAGUAUUCCAGGUUACUAGAAUAUUUGCUUCCAACAUGAGUAGGAUGAAGGCUGAAAGGUUUUACAAACUCGUGCUUCUUCCUCGAGUUAGGGAAGACAUAAGAAAGCAUAAAAGGUUGCAUUUUGAGUUAUAUCAAACUUUGAAGAAAGCUCUGUACAAGCCAUCUGCUUUCAUUAAAGGGAUAUUAUUCCCCAUUUUUAAGUCUGGAAAUUGUAAUCUUCGGGAAGCAGUUAUCAUAGGAAGUGUGAUACAGAAAAUGUCCAUUCCUCCAGAUCAUUCAAGUGUUGCGUUGAUGAGGCUAGCCGAGAUGGAAUAUUGUGGGACUACCAGCUAUAUAAUCAAGAUUUUUAUUGACAAGAAGUAUGCUUUGCCUUAUCGGGUGCUGGAUGCUUUGGUUGCUCAUUUCAUGAGAUUUGUAGAAGACUCAAGGGUUAUGCCAGUGAUCUGGCAUCAGACUCUUCUUGCCUUUGUUCAAAGAUACAAACAUGAACUGCAGAAAGAAGACAAAGACAAUCUUAAUAAAUUAUUGCAAAACCAAACACACUAUUUGGUAACACCUGAGAUUUCAAGAGAGCUUAAUAAUAGCCGUAACCGUGGUGAAAAAGAGGAGGAUAAUAUGCUGAUUUCCUCUCCAGUAUCUGUUAUCAAUAAAACGAUCCAGGAGGACAGGUUUGAUAUUCCAGAAGUGCCGAUGGAAGAGGAUGACUAAAUGAGUUGAUAAUUUCACCUCAUCAAUCUUGUCCAUGUGACUUGUGAGCUUGACCAUCCCAAAAUUUUGAUUCUUUUUUUUUAUCAUUAUAUUAUGUAAAAUUCUAUAUCUGUUAUCAUGUAUAAACACAACACUGAAAAGUUUUGUUUGCAAUGCUAUGAAAUGACUAACUGAAUAUUUGCAUAUGUGCAA